AUGAGUGGGCAAGUAGAGGUUACUAAUAGGGGGCUUAAGCGCAUUUUAGAGAAGACUGUAGGAGCUAGUAGGAAAGAUUGGGCUACAAAGCUAGAUGAUGCUUUAUGGGUACUUAGAACUGCAUAUAGGACUUCUACUGGGUUCACUCCCUUUAGGCUUGUGUAUGUGAAAGAUAGCGCAGGUAGACAGAGGCAGUGGCCACUAAAUGAACUAGAGGAGUGGUGUCAAGAAGCUUAUGAAAAUUCGACAAUCUAUAAGGCAAAGACCAAAAAGUGGCAUGACAAGCGAUUGAAAGGUUUGAAGGAGUUUAACAUAGGAGAUAGUGUGUUGUUAUUUAACUCUUGUCUCCGUGUAUUUCCAGGAAAGCUGAAGAGUCACUGGUCGGGGCCAUUUAUAGUGAUGCAAGUCUUCCUUUAUGGUGCGGUUGAAUUGCAUCAUCCGGAAAAGGGGAAUUUCAAGGUUAAUGGGCAGAGGUUAAAGCAUUAUCUUGGAGGGUCACUGGAUAUGGAGGAGCGUGUGAAUUUGGCGCUCCAUUUCUGA